AUGUCGACAACCAAAGAAAAUACAGAUGGUCAAAUGCCGCCAGGAUUUUUUGGUUUCUCGAAGCUGCCCGGUGAGAUACGAGUGAUGAUAUGGUCUCUCGCCAUGCCCCGCGUCCCCGAGGGCCGCACGAUAGAAGUCGCCGUUUACUACGAUCACCAAUCAAUCAAACACUCAUGUCACAUGAAAACUGGAAAGUUCUGUGAUGACCACGGGUCAUGUCCUGAAUACAUCGACGGUCAACUGUUUCAUGAGGUUGACACCAUCGUGGAUGGUUAUUUCGCCCUCGACCCCGACUUCCCCUUCCUCAACCUGGGCGGCCGAGCUGUCGAAGACCAAUUCCAGGCCCUGAAUCUUGUUUGUCGCGAGUCUCGUGAUGCCGUGUACAAACGAUACCCGCAAACAAUGCGCGUCCAUCGCGAAAAGUGGUACGCGGGCGUCGAUACACGCACCGUACGCUAUGAUCCGGGCUCAGAUAUCCUUAUCAUUCAGAACAUCAACUACUUAAGCUCUGAACCGGGGACAUCGUUUCCUCAGCAUACUCCACCCUUUGCAACAUUUCGACAGACCCUCUCAACCUUUCAAAAUGUUGCAUUUCGGUAUGCUAAUCUAGACGUGCUUUCGGAUAGACCUGAUGGGGAACUUGGCCAAGAAGACCCUGAAGUAAAAUCUAUUCCAGACACUGACAUUAUACGUCUCAUGACAUUCAUGGCGUCAAUGAAGACUUGUUAUUUAUGGCUAGACUCUAUGUGUUGGCCCGAAGUGCAGAUGACUGGCCUUUCUAGAGUUGAAGACUUGGUCAUUUUUAGUGAAAUGCUCUCCUAUGAGCAGCUUAUAAUUUCUGAAGCAGCCGACGGGAUUUUGGAGCUGUACAAACACCGCGUUGAAUCCGCAAGAAAUCACAGGGGCGGAAGUGAUGAGCUCCGGUAUCCGAACCCCCAAGAUCUUGAUCAUAUGGGAUGCUACCUGCCUACUUCCUGGUUAGAAUUCAUAGACUGA